CAACAAUUAUACUCUAGCCAAUCAGCACGAACCAACACAAUCUUCUGUAAUUUCGAUCCGGCGAAACAAGUAUUUUUUGUUUAAUUUAUUUUAUAAGUGAUAUAAGUACUAUAAGGGACAGAUCAAUUACUUUUGUUUGUCAGUUUUAAAUUAGAUUGCAAGUAUAGACGAUAUAGGAUAGUUGAAAAGAUGAAAUUUUACAUAUUAUUAGCAUUUUUAUUCAUUGCUGAGUUGGCUAGUUCAGCCGAAAGUGAUGUUCUGGAUUUGACUGAUGCCGAUUUUGAGGCAACUGUUAAGCAGUACCCAACUGUUCUGGUCAUGUUCUUUGCUCCUUGGUGUGGUCACUGUAAAAAAAUAAAGCCAGAAUAUGCUAAAGCCGCUGAAUUGAUGCGUACUGAUGAUCCACCAGUCGUGUUUGCAAAGGUCGAUUGUACAGAAGGUGGAAAGGAAACAUGUAGUAAAUACUCUGUGUCUGGAUAUCCAACACUCAAAAUCUUCCGAGAUGGCGAGAAUUCUCAGGAAUAUCAAGGUCCACGUGAAGCAGUUGGAAUCGCUAAAUACAUGAGAGCUCAAGUUGGACCAUCAUCAAAGGACAUUUUGACUGUUGAAGCUUUUGAAGCAUUCCUUAAGGUUCAAGAACCAUCAAUUGUUGGAUUCUUCGAAAAAGAGUCAGACUUGAAGACAGUCUUCUUGAAAUAUGCUGACAAGCAACGCGAGAAGUUACGUUUUGCACACACAAGCGAUCCAGCAAUUUUGAAAAAAGUUGGCGAGACAGAUUCUAUCUACCUUUACCGUGCACCACAAUUGGCCAACAAAAUCGAACCAGCAACAGUCGAAUUCUCAGGAAAGGAUGCUGGCGAACUUACUGAAUUUGUCAAGACUAAUCUUCACGGUUUGGCUGGUCUCCGCACAAGAGAUUCAAUAAAUGACUUCAAGAAUCCAUUAGUUGUUGCUUACUAUGCUGUUGAUUAUGUUAAGAAUCCAAAGGGUACAAAUUACUGGCGUAAUCGUAUUCUUAAGGUUGCUAAGGAAUGGGAAGGCAAAAUUAAUUUCGCUAUAUCAGCCAAGGAUGAAUUCCAACAUGAAUUGAAUGAAUAUGGAUAUGAUUAUGUUGGUGAUAAGCCAUUAGUGUUGGCACGCGACGCACGUAAUCAGAAAUUCAUCAUGAAAGACGAAUUCUCAAUUGAAAACCUCCAAGCAUUUGUAAAUGAUCUCGAUGAAGGAAACUUAGAAGCUUACGUCAAAUCAGAACCAAUUCCAGAAAAGAAUGACGGUGGCGUUAAAAUCGCUGUUGCCAAGAACUUUGACGAUGUCGUUCCAAAAGAUAAAGAUGUCUUGAUUGAAUUCUAUGCUGCUUGGUGUGGACAUUGCAAGAAAUUGGCUCCAAUCUUUGAUGAAUUAGGUGAGAAAUUGAAGGAUGAAGAUGUCGUGAUUGUUAAGAUGGACGCAACAUUAAAUGACGUUAAUCCAGCAUUCGAUGUUCGUGGCUUCCCAACACUCUUCUGGUUGCCAAAAGAUAAACACGAUUCUCCAGUCAGAUAUGACGGUGGACGUGAAUUAGAUGAUUUCAUGAAAUACAUUAGCAAGCAUGCAACAUCAGAAUUGAAUGGAUGGGAUCGUUCAGGCAAAGAGAAGAAGACAGAGUUGUAAUCUCAUAAAAUCUAAUUUUCCAUCACACAUAGUAGAAAGUUCUCCAUCGAUUUUUAAGGCAUUAGAAUUUUCAAUUAAACUACUAAAUUAAGUAACAACUAAGUAAUGUUUUUGAAUCAAACGUAAUAAAUAUGUCGUGAAAUUUGUGAUUAUUUUAACAUUUCCUCCAUUGAGAAAUUCUUUCAAUUUUUUUUAUUGUCACAGAACUGUUAUUCAAAUAAUUUCAUGAUGUGUUUUUCGUCAGUUUUUUUAAUUCCCAAAAGUAAACUUAAUUCCACAAAAUAAAAGUAAAAAUAAAAAAAAACUGAUACAUCAAAUAUUUU